UGCCGCCCCCAUUCUUCCUGUCUCUCUGCAUUUGACUGCUCUGGUGACUCCGUGUGAGUGGGAUCAUGUUUGUCCUUUUUGUGACUGGCUUGUUUUACUUGGCACAGCAUCCUGUAGGGUCAGCCCUGCCAUCAUGUGCACCAACCAGGUUUCCUUCCCUGCCGGGGCUAUGAGCCAAUUGUCUCUGCCUUCUGGGUGACAUUCCGUUAAAGUGUGUUGUUCACCUGGUUGCUGGGUGACCCUGGAACUCCCCUGCCUGCCUUCCAUGCUGUCACUGGGCCAGGUCCUCUUCUCUGGGGGUCUGAGUUCUCUGGAAGCACUGCUGGGCCUUAGGAGCACCGUUCCCACUUCCACCUGGCCCCCUGCCAUCUGCUUUCUGCACUUUGGCCUGAAUGAGCCUUUUAAAGUCAAAUCCCUAUCCCUUAUCUCUCCCCUGAACCCACCAAAGCCUCUCUAGUCUCUGAAAUAGCCUUUCUUUCCAUGGCCUGGAAGGGGCUAUAUGAUCAGCCUCUCACGCAGAGAGCAGCAGAGGUGGUCAGAACACAUCACAGGUGUCACAACUAGAGUUAGUGCAUUUCAUCUCGUUCUGUCUGCCUGUGCCCUGAUGCUCUGAUCCAACACCCCCCAGCAGCAACAUUGGUCCCUCUAGUCCCCUCCUAGGAGCCAGGCUGUGUGAGGGCAGCUCAUGGCACCAAGGUAGCUCACCACGCCUGAAGCUUUGCCCUGCAGGCAGAAGGGCCCAGGAGAUGUGUACCCAGUGAAGGGACCUCUCUAAAGAACCCUUGGCCUUUUAUUUUUGUUGCUUCAAUGGGGUUUGCCAUGUUUUGCUGUUUUGUUACCCAAGGAAGCAUCUUCUAUUUCAUUGUCCUCAGGUUCCAGCAUAGUUGCGUCCAAAGGUUUUGUAUAUGCUUACCGCUCACAUUCUCCAUUCUGUAUGCCAGGACUGCCCCUGCACAGGGACCCUACCUGUCUUCCUCUGGGCUCUCCUAGGCCCAGGGUAGCAUCGGUGCAGAGUGGGUGUCCCACACCACUCUUGGGGCUUUGCUGUUUCCAGGUACCAUGAAUGCCAUUGUUGCUUUGUGUCACUUCUGCGAGCUCCAUGGACCCCGUACUCUCUUCUGCACUGAGGUCCUGCAUGCCCCACUUCCUCAAGGUGCCGGGAACAGGGACAGCCCUGGCCAGGGAGAGCAGGGUGAGGAGGAGGAAGGCGGCAUUCAGAUGAGCAGUCGGAUUCGCGCACACAGCCCAGCGGAAGGGGCCAGCGCCGAGUCCAGCAGCCCUGGGCCCAAAAAGUCAGACAUGUGUGAGGGCUGCCGGUCACUUGCUGCAGGCCAUCCAGGGUACAUCAGCCAUGAUAAAGAGACCUCGAUUAAAUAUGUCAGUCACCAGCACCCCAACCACCCCCAGCUGUUCAGCAUUGUCCGCCAGGCCUGUGUCCGGAGCCUGAGCUGUGAGGUCUGCCCUGGCCGCGAGGGCCCCAUCUUCUUUGGAGACGAGCAGCAUGGCUUUGUGUUCAGCCACACCUUCUUCAUCAAGGACAGCCUGGCCAGGGGUUUCCAGCGCUGGUACAGCAUCAUCGCCAUAAUGAUGGACCGGAUCUAUCUCAUCAACUCCUGGCCCUUCCUGCUGGGGAAGGUCCGGGGCAUCAUUGAUGAGCUCCAGAGCAAGGCACUCAAGGUGUUUGAGGCAGAGCAGUUUGGAUGCCCCCAGCGUGCCCAGAGGAUGAACACAGCCUUCACUCCAUUCCUGCACCAGAGGAAUGGCAAUGCUGCCCGCUCACUGACAUCGCUGACUAGUGACGACAACUUGUGGGCUUGUCUUCACACCUCUUUUGCUUGGCUCCUGAAAGCAUGUGGCAGCCGGCUGACUGAGAAGCUUCUGGAGGGUGCGCCGACCGAAGACACCUUGGUCCAGAUGGAGAAACUUGCUGACUUAGAAGAGGAAUCAGAAAGCUGGGAUAACUCUGAGGCUGAAGAAGAGGAGAAAGUCCCUGUGUUGCCUGAGGGUGUGGAAGGGCGGGAGCUGACCCCGUGCACAGCAGGCUCCUCCUCACUCUCUAGCCGGGGUGGGUGGCAGCCCCGGAAGCCACCGGUCUUCAAGUCCCUGCGGCACAUGAGGCAGGUUCUUGGUGCCCCAUCCUUCCGCAUGUUGGCCUGGCACGUUCUCAUGGGGAAUCAGGUGAUCUGGAAAAGCAGAGACAUGGACCUUGUCCACUCAGCUUUUGAAGUUCUUCGGACCAUGCUGCCAGUGGGCUGUGUGCGCGUCAUCCCGUACAGCAGCCAGUAUGAGGAAGCAUAUCGCUGCAACUUCCUGGGGCUCAGCCCACACGUGCAGAUCCCCCCCCACGUGCUGUCCUCAGAGUUUGCUGUCAUCGUGGAGGUCCAUGCGGCCGCCCGCUCCGCGCUGCACCCGGUCGGCUGUGAGGAUGAGCAGCCUCUGAGCAAGUAUGAGUUUGUGGUGACCAGUGGGAGCCCUGUCGCUGCAGACCGAGUUGGCCCCACCAUCCUGAAUAAGAUUGAAGCAGCUUUGACCAACCAGAAUCUAUCUGUGGAUGUGGUCGACCAGUGCCUAGUCUGCCUCAAGGAGGAGUGGAUGAACAAGGUGAAGGUCCUUUUCAAAUUCACCAAGGUGGACAGUCGGCCCAAAGAGGACACUCAGAAGCUCCUCAGCAUCCUUGGUGCAUCUGAGGAAGACAAUGUCAAGCUGUUGAAGUUCUGGAUGACAGGCCUGAGCAAGACCUAUAAGUCGCAUCUCAUGUCCACCGUCCGCAGUCCCACAGCCUCAGAGUCACGGAACUGAGCCACCUGCCUCACACACCUUUUGGAGAUGGUGGCAGCAGUCCACAGACUAUCCCUCAGCUCCAUGACAAGAGGUGCUGUCCUUUGAAUUUCUGAGCUGCUAGGAUGGAGCAGUGUCCUUCUAGGAACAGGAACCACUGGGGUUGGGCUUGGCCCUGGCCCUCUGGGAUGUGGAACCAGUGCAGUCUCAGACCCUCUCACAAACUGUGGGAAUCACCCCUGCCUCUCAGAAGGCCGUGGGAGGCACAGGGAUGACAGGAUCCUCUUGGGUUUGUGCCCUGAAAGGGGAGUGUGUAGCACUCUGGGCCUCUGACAGAUUUAGAUCUCAAAUCCUGUAAGAGAAACAGGUCAGGCCGUACGCUAGUUGGGUAUUUUAGCUGCAAUAACAUACUCUCUCCAGGGUAACAUUCAAACCAUUCCCAAACUCAGCCGGAGUCUUCUAGGGGGUUUUUUUUAGUAUAUGUCUCACUAGAGUUGGGAAUAUUCAGGACACAGCUCAGUCCUUUGCUGUGUGUAGUAAUCUUUGAGGGGAAAGUGAAUUUUUUUCCUCAUCUUCAGAUCCUCUAAAAUUUGUGUUCUGAAGUCAUGGGACUUGUUCUCUGAGGCAUCCCCUGCCAUUGCUUGUGAAUUUAACCUGUAACUGGUUGGUGGAGUCCCUGAUCUUUUUCAUUCAACAGUGAGACUCUGCUGAAGGGUCAGAUCAAGUUGUCUGACUUGCCCAAUUCACUGUAUGUGGUGAGACCCGUAGUUUUUAGUCUGUAUCACUUAUGCUUUUAUUUGCUUUUAUUGCUGCUUUCAACAUGUACAUUUGGCUACAGCUAACAGUUUUCAAAGUGUUAUGGUUUAAGACAAUUUCAUCAUCUCACCAUACAUAUGCCAUAUUGUCCAGGCUGGUCUUGAAUUCUCAAACUCCAGGGCUCAAGCGAUCCUCCUCUGCAGUCCCUCCAGUAUCUGGGACUAUGUGUGUGGACCACAUGCCCCCACCAGACAGUUUUCAGUAAGGAUUCAUGGCUUGGAAGGAUUUUCUGGCAGUUUUGCUGAAUUGUUUAUAAUUUUUGUGUUUAAUUUAUGUUUAACAUGAAGACUAAGUUUACAUAACUAGGUAUAUGUCUAAUGCAAGAACAUUAGAACACAAUAAAGAUGUAUUUUUGUAAGCAUUGAC